AUGGAUCAGGUGAAUGAGAACAUACAAUGUCCCCCACGAGAUCUAACGGCAGCGGGAAAGUUUAUCUCCGACCCGCUGUUGGUACCGAAUCCAAAGAUGGAAGCUAAGGACCAGGUACCAGCGGGUCAGCAGCUGGCAAACAGUCCACCCCAGCCGAGCCCAGUGUGGAGCACCAGCUCCCUCGAGGCCAGAUUCCACAGACAUCCCCCACAACAGGAGGGCACCUACCUGGUUCAAGAAACCCGGACCUAG